GGCGAGAAGACGGCCAAGGUCAAGACGGAGCAGCAGCUGAGCAAGGAGGCGAUCAACAAGGGCGGAGCCAAGAUCCUCGAGGCCAAGGGCUGGCGAGCCUUGCUUGAGGACACCGCCACGCCGGCAAACACAAAGGAUUCGCUCCUCAAGGACAUCCAGCCGUUCAAGAAUGCCAUGGAACAGAAAAAGGAAGAACUCGAGACGUUCUUCGCCUCGCGAAAAUGGCCGGAAUGCACAGGCAGCCGCUUGGGCCUCGAAAGGGCCAUCGCCGAUUACAACGAGGCGGCGAAGCACAUCGCCCUACACUGCGGCGGUGGCAAGAAGGGCACCAAAAAGU